AUGUCUGAGAGCGCAUUUGUUGCAGCUAAUACCAAGUAUGAAGACGAAGAAGAUAGCUGCAAUGGCGCAGAGGACGAAGAAGGCGACGAUUUUAAUGGUGAUGAUGAAAAUGAAGGUGAAGUACGCACCUCUGUAGCUAACGAUUCCCCUCUGCAAACAAAACAUGGACAUAAAAUAUCAUGGAAAAUAGGAAACAUUGAGGCAGAGAAGGCUGAUUUAUUGGUCAGUUCCCAAGGAGCAUGUGCUCGGGCAAUCAUUAAGGCUGGUGGUCCAAAAGUAGCAUCUCCAAAGAUUGGUGACGUCACGGUAUCUGGUGGUUUUGCCUCCGUCAGUCACGUAAUCCACAUCCAGUGCUGCGCUUGGAAUGGAAGCCGAGGCGAAAAGACAUUACAGGGACUUGUUCGAAAGUGUCUGGAGAAAAGUGAAGAGCUAGGAGCGACGUCCAUUGCAUUUCCUGUAAUAGGUACCGGCAAACUAAACUUCCCCAGUAAUGUAGCCUCUAGACUAAUGUUGGAAGAAGCAAUUACCUUCUGCGAAGCUCACCCCACAUCAUCUACGCAGGAUAUUCGAUUUGUUGUUUACCAGCAAGAUCAAGCCUUAACUGCUGCUUUCAAACAAGAGAUGGACAAAUUAAGAGUUCACCAAAACGUACAUAAGGCCUUAAAAAAGACUCCCGUGCUUAUUGAAGUGGUUCACGGUGACUUGUGCCAGGAGAAAACGGACGCCAUUGUGAAUAUCGUCCGCAGGGACUUGAAUAUGGACAAAGCCGGAAUGGUGAGCAAGACGAUAAAGGUGCUGGGCGGCCAGCAGAUACAAGAUGAGUUGAAUAAGUUCCAACAGCAACCGUGUGGAUUAGCGGUGAUGACCACUGGUGGAAAGCUACCAUCAAACCACAUAAUACACCUUAUAUCCGACUCAGCAAAUAAAGACCAUCUCCAACAGUGCUUGGAAAGGUGUCUUCAGCUUGCAGAAACACAUGGUCUUGGCUCCGUUUCCAUCCCCGCUGUUGGAACUGGAGGAUUCCAAAUGUCUGCUGUAGACUCCGCUAACGUGAUAUACCAAGCACUGAACAACUGCUGCAAAAGUUUUAAAUCUGUGCACACAGUAAGGAUUAUUAUCUUUCAAGUCCAAAUGAUGCAGGCAUUUCAGCAUAUCACAUAG